AUUCACCUCGAAACCUUUAUCACUUCCUCUGUCAAAAUCUGUGUCUUUGGAGACAUUUUAUCGAAAUCUUCAAAGAUGUCACGAUUUAUUGAGCAGCUAUUAUUUACAGCUUUUAUUUUAUCUUGUUUGUUUACUGUAGUAAUCUCUGUUGUACCAAAAUAUAAACAAUGUGAUGGUUCAAUGAAAGGAAAAAUUGUGUCUGUAGAUAUAUCAGUCAAAUGUGACAGCUCAAUUUGUUAUCUUGUUAAAGGCAAGGGUGUGGUCUUGAGUGUGAAAUUUGCUCCUAGUGAAAUGGUGAAUGCUUCAACAGCUGUAGUUGAAGGAAAAUUGGGUCCAUUAAAGGUUCCAUUCCCUCUACCAAAUCCAAAUGGGUGUGAAAACAGUGGUUUAACUUGUCCUUUAAAACCUGGAGUUACAGUUCAAUAUCAAUCUUCUAUAUCAAUCAAGAAAAGCUAUCCUGAUGUACGUGUCAUUGUUUUUUGGUCUCUUGAGGAUCAGAAUAAGAAUAAUAUUUGGUGUGUUGAAAUACCAGUCAAGAUUGUUGACAGCUAAAGAUGGUGGUUUUUUUGCAAAGAAUCUAAGCUUGGCAUACUAUUAUAUCUAUAGCAUUUGGGUCUUCGUAUUAAAAUUUUUGAAUAUUUUUUACCUGUAUCACCUUUCAAUAUUCAAGGUUUGUGUUUUGAAAGGUGAUACAAAAAAAUAAAGAAGCUCCAUUAAUACUGUAAUAAAAGGACUCAUUUCAUUUUGGGAAAACAUUUUUGCUUAAUAAAUUUAGGCUGUAUUUUAAAUCAAAAUUAUUCUGUAUAUGAAAUAUUUUGUUUUGAAAAAUGUUAUGUCCCAUUGCACCUGUUUAAGAACAUUACUUUUGGAAAAUGAUAAUGGUAGAAUGCUGAGAUUGCUGUUUGGUUGAUGUCAACUUUUUAAACCAAUUAUUUACCUUUAGAAAUGAAAUUAUGCUUUUAUUUAUUUGAAUCCACAUAACCCGAGUCAACACCAUUAUGCAAAGUUUGAUCUGAAAACCGGUGAAAUGUGUUCUUAGUCCGAAAUUCUUUUUAAUUAAUUUAUUUCUGUUUUUUUACUGUUUAAUUCUUUGUACACUGUAUUUACUCUUUAUUUUGUACAAAUUUUACAAAUUCCUAAUUAGUUACACUUUGAGCAUUAUUUUUCAUCGAUUUCAUUGCUGUUUCAUUCAGGAGGUUUGCAAUAUUCACUGGUAAAAGGAGUUAAAACCUUUUUUAAUGCCCUUGUAUGUGUGUCAAAGGAUGCCAUUUUUAUUUCCACUUUGAUGUCAAUAGCUCCUGUAUUUAUUAGAAAAAGGUUGAUGGCUCAGUUAUCAAUACUUCAAUGAAAUAUUUUGAUUUCAUAUUCUGGUCAUAUUUGCAGACUUUCAAGAAUUAUUAAGGAUUGAUAGGAAUUGAUGGUGCUAAUAGUAUCCUGGACACAUUCAACCAAUAGAAAACUUUCUUAAUUUUUUUCAACCCCAAGGAUAUUUACUAUAGUCUAAGAUGUUAUAAUAAUAAUCUUAGUUGAAUAUUUCUUUUAUUUUUGUUAAUGAACUUGCUGUUAAGUAGUAAUAUUUCUUUGUUUCAAUAGAUUUUCAUUUCCAGGAUGGUUAAUGUAUUAUGAAUUAUUUCUUACAAUUCGAGAUCCUACAUGGUAGUAUAUCUAAAAAUUUUAGGACUGACAUACAUUAAUCAUUGAGGAAUUAUGGCCCAUUUUUAUGCUGAACUUCAAAUGACUGUGAACUGGUCAGAAUAAUUGUAAUUAAUAAACGUCUCAAUCUCAAAGAUUUAUGUAAUAAAUUGGUGCCUUUGUACAAUACUCUUAUUUCCAUCAUUACAGCUGAAUAAAUUUAUAUUUUUUUCUUGU